AUUCAUCUGAGAACCUUUCAAAUUAUACAAAAUCAAAACAUUUGUAUCGUUUUUGAUCACCCUGUUUUGUUAUUGUUAUUUUUAUUUCGCAAAAAAAUUAUUAAUUCAAUUUUUCUACUAUAAGUAGAGGUAAAUCAACAGAUUAUAAUCAAUAAAAUCGAUAGUUCCUAGCAUAAUACAUCAAAAGAUAGCAAUAUAACAAGAAUUCAUCAUCAGUUGAACCUUUAAAAAGCGUUUUACCAAAAUCCAGUAAAUAAAUUAAUGCUAAAUCUACUUAGACAGAGAUUACCGGCAAUGUUCUAUGCUGUAGCGAAAGGCAAAAGUCCUGGAAUAUUCAAAACAUGGCCAGAAUGUCAACAGCAAGUGAAAGGAUUCAGUGGAGCUGUAUUUAAAAAGUUUAAAACUUUAAAUGAAGCAGAAAAUUUUAUUAAACAAAAUCAGACACAAAGUAAUGUACUAGCUGACUAUGGAACUAGUUCAAAGCGCCAGUUAAAUAAUUUAGAAAAGAAAGAACAAGAAGAAAUUGAAAAAGUAUUAUUAGAAGCACUAGAAGAAGAAGAUAUGCUGAUUGAAAGUUCAGAACCGCCAAUAAAGAAGUUUAAGUCAAUGGAUGGGAUUGAAAAGUCAGUAGACUCAGUAGCAAUGAGUCCAAAUAUGAAGAAAUACGGUGAUUAUAACUUUCAUGUAGAUUCCAGUGGCUUUGUUCAGGUCUUUACAGACGGUUCAUGUGAGAAUAACGGCAAGAAGCAUGCAAUUGCUGGAUUAGGAGUUUAUUUUGGUGACGAUCAUCCUUUAAAUGCCUCAGAACCGGUUUCUGGAAGAGCUACAAAUAACGUAGGAGAAAUACAAGCUUCAAUUAAGGCUAUAAGGGAGGCCCAAAAUUGUAAGAUUCCACGACUGAAUAUAUUCACAGAUUCUCAGUUCCUUAUUAAUUCCGUCUGUAAAUGGAUGAGUUCGUGGAAGAAAAAUGAUUGGAAACUAGCCACAGGAAAGCAAGUCGCAAAUAAAAUUGAUUUUAUAGUCUUAGAUAAGCUUUUAGAUUCUGGUAAUACAAUCAUUAAAUGGACGUAUGUACCUGCUCAUAGUGGAUAUCAUGGAAAUGAAGCUGCUGACAAGCUAGCGAAAGAAGGAGCCAGAAAACAAGCAUAUUAAAUGGCAUGUAACUUAUUUGUGACGUUGACGAUAGAAAUAUAUAUUGCAUUUGCUCAGACAUGAUUUCUGUUUUGCUUAUUAAGCUUGUUGCAGCCUCUAAUCCAUCAAAUUGUUGUCAAUCAAAAUAUAAAUGCCGGUUAUUUAACGACUUUUUAAAAUUUAAAUUCACUUUAAGAACCUCACGAAUUAUUUUCAUGAAACAUUUGUACAGAUUUAAGGACACCCUGUAUUGUUUUUAUUCCUUUAUUUGCGUGAAAAAUCUUUUAAUUAAAUUCCCCAAGUAAAUCGUCGAAAACGAGCAUAUUUAAUCAUCAGGGACAGUAAUAUUAAGCACAAACUAGAAGGUUCUUAUGAAGUUAUAAGAAAUCAAGCUUUAAAUCGAUAAUUUCCUCUAAUGUGAGCAAGCACAUGCGUAUCGUCGUUAUCAACACAGUUGACAGCACAUACAUACUAACUUAAAAUGACGGAGCGAGUACGUAAUUCCGAUCUUUUACAGACAACCAUGAUAGACUUUGGCCUUUUAAAGGGAAUGUUCAAUAUCUUUAUGAAUAUUGUGGAUCCAUUCAAGAUAGUAAGGAAGAUUGUCCUUAAUCCAUUAGCUAAACUAUUAAUUGAAGCAUUUGAAGAGUAUAAAGCUAAAACACAAUACAAAUUUGAAUUGACACAAAAUGCAAUUCUAAAGUUAUUUGCAGCUGCAGCUAUAUUCAUUCUCUGUGUAUUUGGAGCUAUACUUCUUUAUGUUCUAUUCUACUUACUUUAUAUGCCGACAGUAAUUCAAGUUAAACCGGCAUUUAUGCAAUAUAAUAAAAUUUGUGAUUCCGAUACAGCGACAUGUGACGCUGGAAGUUCAUUAUCUUCAUAUCAUUCCUUUCCACAAGCUCAUUUACAAUUAAAUAAGAAGCAGCUCAUGAUGGUCGGUCAGCCUUACGUAUUAACACUUAAAUUGGAACUACCAGAAACGCCAAGAAAUCAAGAACUUGGAAUGUUUAUGUUAUGCAUGGAUAUGAAGGAUAAAGAUCAUGUCUUAAAGUCUCAUGCAUGCCGAUCAACAAUGCUUCGUUAUCGAUCUCCGUGGCUACACAAAUUAAAGACUUUACUUUUAAUUCCAUUUUAUUUAAUUGGCUGGGAUGAAGAGAAGCAGACUUUGGACAUUGAAAUGUUUACGGAUUAUGUGGACACAACAAAUCCAGUCACAGACAUUUACGUGGAAAUUCAAUCAAGAGUUGUGGAAUUUUAUACAGUCAGUCUCGAAAUUUGCGCACACUUUAGUGGAUUAAGAUACAUAAUUUAUCACUUUCCUAUCAUAUCUGCGGCUGUGGGAAUAACGGUUAACUUAAUGUUCUUGGUAUUUAUAGCACUAAUCAUUUGGUACCAUUAUACGUACGAGAUGGAAUGGACAGAUGAGAUAAAUUAUGAUUAUAAAGGAAAGCACGAAUUAAAUUCCAAACUUUUUGAUAAUGACAACGAUUCCGAUGGUCCAAUGAAUAAUAAAAGGAAGGUAUCAUCAUCCAUAUCAACGACUGAUGAGAAUGUCAGCAUUUUGGACAAUUCUGACGAUAAAUUUGAGCUUGAUGAUGACUUGUUGCUGUUUCACAGAAGUGAACGAAUGACUGAAGAGUAGAAAUAAAGCCAAAAGAACUCAUUUUUAUAUUUGCGAAUUUUUAAAUUAUAAUAAAAUUUAAUGAGAUUAAUGGGGAAUAACUUAUUAAAUGGUUUGAUGGAUCAACAUUUUGAUAACUGAGAAUUUAAUGGAUUUUUCGGAAGAACUGAAGGGAUUGGGAUAAUAAAAAUGUUUUUUAAUGUUCUAAGUUUUUGAAAAAUUGAGAAAUGAUAUGUCAUGAGUUGGUUUAAAGUCAUACUUAAGUCUUGCACUUA